AUGGAGCAAGAAACUCAAAUUUCACCUGAGGACUUCGUAAAUUCAACCUAUUCACUUGAUAAUCAAACCGAGAUUUUUCAUAAUAAACCAUAUAUUGCAUCUGGAUUUAUUCUAGUUCGACGCUUUCAUAAGAGAAAAUAUAAAGUUGAAAAUGGGGAUUCAAAUACGCCUGUUAUAGUAACGUCAGCUACACAUACUGCACCUGGUGAUUAUUCAGUUACACAGAUGCCUCCGCCAGGUGGUUAUCAAACAAAUGUAACUGUGGCAUCUUAUCCCCCUCAUCAACAAAUGCAACCUCAUAUGGCUCCUUACCCUCCGAUGGCAGCACAAAAUUCUGCAAUGAAUCCACCACCAUAUGAUGUAGCCGUGGCUGGUGCACGUUAUCCAAAGCAAUCUGCCUACGAAAAACAAGCGCCAUACAAUCCAAGUUAUACGGCACAAUAAAGAGUUGCACAACCAAUCUAACAUAUAAGUUAUAGAAUUUUAUAUUCAUAUUUGUCUCCAUGUGUACAUUGUAUCCAUUCAAACUAUCCUGCAAAAAUGUGUCUUCAAUGGUGUGUUUCCUGUUAAUAAAUGAAAUGUGCUACACAUUCUUUCAUACGAACCAAAGGAAUACGAUAUUGUGUUAUUGUGAAAUAUUAUUAUUAUAUAUAAAUUUUAUAAAAAUAUGUCAGUCUGCACAUUUAAAUGUUUAAGUAGUGCACUCAGUGAAUUAGACAUUCAAAGAAGUGAAAUGUAUUCCGAUCUAUGCCAUACGAAAAUAGCACAAAUGAAUUGCUUCACGAAUAUCAAAACUCCGUUUGAUAUAUAAACUACAGAACCCAUAUGUUUAAAGUUAAAAAUCAGUUUUAAAUAAAUCAUUAUAAAUAGUUAUUGUUGUGAUCUAAUGUAAGAUAAUACAAAACAAAUGAAGUAUAAUUUAGAGAAUGUAUUAAUAAAUU